GGGCUCUAUGAAAAAAAAAAAAAAAAAAAUCGAGGUACCAACAUCAAAACAAUAACAACAGCAGCAGCAAUAACAAGAGCGGUGCCAGUGCCAGCUGAUAAGACGAGUAGGCGAGAGCAACAGUGUCAUGACCUCCCGCGGCCUGGUGACCCUCCUGCUGGUGACCCGGCGCAGAGCAUGCCAAAGGGUGCCUGUGAGGGGCUUGGUGAGGCAAGUGCAGGGGAGGAGCCGCCCUGGACCACUCCCGGGCCGCCACACACCGGUCCACUCUGCGUUAUGGGGGGGCGUGGCUGCCUUGGUGGGGGGCGGCGUGGCCAGUGUGGUGGCAGGAGUGGUCGCUGAUGCCCCCUCUGUGAACGCCUUGGUGACUGAGGCCGACAAACUCUAUGAGGAGAUGAAGUAUGAGGAGAUAUACACCUUGCUGUCUUCCUUCAAGGGACUCAAGAGUGACGACAUUCUGUGGAGGCUGGGUAGGGCCACCUUUGAGAGGGCCAAGGCAGCGACCACAGAGGAGGAGAGGAGGAAGCUGUUCCGUGAAGCCCUGGACCAUGUGGAGGCAGCGCUGGCCAUCAACACAGAGAAUUUCGCAGUGCACAAGUGGAUGUCCAUUCUGAUCGAUUAUGUGUACGCGGCUGAGGGCACCAAGGCACGGAUAUCCAAGUCCUAUGUGGUGAAGGAGCAUAUGAUUAAAGCAUGUCAGCUGAACCCGAGUGACGCCACAUCCCGAUACUUGCUGGGAUUCUGGUUCUUCAGCUUUGCCAAUGUGCCAUGGUACCAGCGCAAGAUUGCCUCAGUAAUCUUUGCAACUCCCCCCUCGGGCACCUUUGAGGAGGCACUUGAGAAUUUCCUUUUGGCAGAGAAGCUGGAGCCUAAUUUUUACAGUAAGAAUCUCCUCAUGAUUGGCAAAAGCUACCUCAUGCUGGGUAAGAAGACAGAAGCUAAGGAGUACCUGCAGCGCACCCUGCAGUACCCUGUGAAGACUGAUGAUGACCAGGAGGCCGUGGCUGAGGCUGAGACACUGCUCAAGGGACUGUGAGGCACUGGGAGACACACGGCAGUUGUAUCCUAUUCUCAUGAGGCCUUUCUAAAUGCACAUUUCCUGAAGCAUGUUAGCAAAGACAGUGGCAGUGAAGGGGAAUGCAUAAGCUAACAUGCACUUUCCUUAAACACUGGUCCAAGUAUAUGAUCAAACAUUUCCCUUCCUGUCAUGUGUUCAAAUAGUUCAAAGUAGAUACAUGUCUUUGCAGAAGCAAGGACACACACUCUCUGCUGUUGUGAUACAUUUAAAAAUCAAACAUUCUCUCGCCUCUCUUCCUCAGCAUCAUAUGACCUUGUGAUGGAUUUUAAAAUUCUCUCUCUCUCUCUCUCUCUCUCUCUCUCUCUCUCUCUCUCUCUCUCUCUCUCUCUCUCUCUCUCUCUCUCUCUCUCUCUCUCUCUCCUUACUAGUAGACUUUUUAGUGUAGAAUGGUGGGUCAUUCAAGCUCAUCAGAUUUUUAUAAGGUAUAUAUGAUAUUUAAAAUUAGUAGAUAUUUUUGUAAUCACUGUCAUUAGUCACAAUCGCCUAUGGUGAAUGGUGCUUUAAAGAAAGCCUCGUGCCUCAUAUGUUUGUAUUCUUAAAGGCUUUGUUCUCUCUUGAGAAUUUUUCAAAGGCAACAUGGAUAUUUUUCUCAAGUGAUGAUGUUGAAUUUUAAGUCCCCACUUAUUUUUACUAGAGUCUGUUAAGUCAUCCCCAGAAUCAUGAAAACACCCUUGAAAAUCCAAGUAACUUCCACUAGAUCCUGUAAAACUGUUACCUUGAAGACACCUUUGAAAAAUUCUGCUAACUUCCACUGGAGCCUGUAUAUGCUGUCAAGUCUUGCUGUUGGAGUAUAUGGCCAGCUGUGCUGCCUAUGCUCCUGCAGUAUAGGAGGCUGGUCCAUGAGACUAUCCCUUUCCAUCAGGGACCAACAGGGCUAAUGAUGUGUCCAUGAAUGUAUGAUGCUUCAUCUGGGCCACUCUGUGUUGGUCUUCCAGGUAUAUAGAUAUUAAAAGUAGUAAAGACAAAAAGCAUCUCAAGAAUACAAGCUUAAAUUCUCUGCUUUGUUGAGUCUCCUUAAAAAUCUGACAUCUGAUAGACUCAAAGCAGAUCAAGAGAUGUAGGAUUGAGAGAGAACACCAAGCACAAUGGAAGUGAGUGCAGCAGAUCACUUGACUUUUGGCACUGACUGCACUGUUGUUUUGAUAUCAGAUAGUUUAUUGUUGUAGUAAUUGUUGUAGUAUUGUGUGUUUGUUGGGUUUUAUUGUUGUAGUAAUUGUUGUAGUAUUAAUAGUGUGUGUUUGGUGUAUAUAGUGCCUUAGGGAGCCCCAUGUAUUCAAUGUGAGAACAAAUGAACAUAAUAUCUCUCCAUUUUUUUUUCUUUGUGUGUGUGUGUGUUUAUCACCAGUACUCUUUUAGUUAUCAUAAUAAAAAAUUGUUAUCAUCAUGCAGAUUAGUUUUAAUUGCAAAUAGUAUAAAAUCAAUUACAAAAUUACAGCAUUCUAUAGUAGGAUGGCAUAUGAAAUCAUAACCUUAAUAAUACCAAUACACAGUCCUAGGAACACCAUACCAUUUGUACUUGCACAGUCAACUUAUGUUCCAAUAAAACUUAACCUAUAUUUUGACAAACAUGGUGUCAAAAGUACAGUAAUUCUUAUAUUUAAAAACCCGUAAUGUUGAGCAAAUCUUUUAGACAUUCUACCCAUCCAUCAAGUGAUGGGUAAAUUCUUUGGAUAUGUCUACCUUUUUAUGCAGUGUUGAGUAAUUUUUCAAUAUUUCUAUUUUCACACAUUCAUUGAGUACUGAAUAAUUUUUGGUUGGAUAUUUUUACCCAUUCAUUCAGUGCUGGAUACAGUUUGGACAUUUUUACCUAUUUCAUUCAGUCUUGGGCAAAUUUUUGGUACCCAUUCAUGCAAGAUUUUAAUAAUUUUUGGAUUUUUUUUUUACCCAUUUAAUUCAUGCAGUGUUAAUUUUCUUUCUUUUCUCUCCACUCAUUUUUGCAACUGUGAAUUUUGUUCUUGGUGAAUUAAUGUUUAGCAAGGGUCAGUUUUACUACAAAGCUGCCACUGGAAUUUCCGAUCCAUGCAAUGCAACACACAAAAUAUUUCACAAGGAUUAGUUAGUAUAUAUAUGAAUUAUACAGUAGAUGUACAAAAAAGUACCUGUUUGUUACCUAUUCAAAUAUAUAUAAUUGCACA